AACGAUUCCCAUCAGCGACAGCCAAGUUCUAGCGGCGGCGGCGGCGACACUCCAUUCGGUCGCCUUCUUCCUUGGUGAGAUAUGGAGAAGAAGCAAGCGGUCGUAGGAGACUACGUGGUCACCGCGCGCAUUGGAAGCGGAUCCUUCGCCAUCGUGUACAAAGGGUACCACAAGGUGACAAACGUACCAGUGGCCGUGAAGGCCAUCAACAAGACCAAACUGAACCCAAAGCUGUUGGAGAACCUCGAGAGCGAGAUCUCCAUCAUGCGUCAAAUCAACCACCCGAACAUUGUCAAGUUGUACGACAUCAAGAAGACCGACAAGCACAUCUACCUCAUGCUCGAGUACUGCGACGGCGGCGACCUCCAGCACUUCAUCAAAAAGCAACCCAACGGCGUCGUGACAGAAGCCACCGCGCGCCACUUUCUGCGCGAACUUGCCGACGGGCUUCACGUGUUAUGGAGCCUCAACCUCAUCCAUCGCGACCUAAAGCCCCAGAACCUCCUCUUGACCGAACCGUCGGCCACGUCGUCGUUGAAAAUCGCGGACUUUGGGUUUGCGCGGCACUUGGAGUCGACGUCGCUCGCGGAAACGCUUUGCGGCUCCCCGCUUUACAUGGCUCCUGAGAUCCUGCAGUUCCAAAAGUAUGACAACAAGGCCGAUCUGUGGAGCGUCGGCACGAUCCUCUACGAAAUGGUCGUGGGGCGGCCGCCCUUUAACGGCGCCAACCAAGUGCAGCUCUUGCACAACAUUCAACGUGACAACGUCCGCUUUCCAAAGGACUUGCCUGUGGGCCGCGACGCCGUUGCGCUCAUGGAGGGGCUGCUGGUGCGAGACCCCAAGCGUCGCAUCUCGUUUGACCAGUUCUUCCACGCACCGUUCCUCGACCGCCCCCCCCCUUCUUCUGCGAUGCUGUUAUCUGCGACACUGGUUCGCACCAACCCCGUGGACAUUGCCCCAAUAUCCCGCACCAAUCCACCGCCACCGCCGCACUCGAAACUGCACGAGUCGUACCGGGCGAGCAUGAUGCAGUCGUACCGGCGGCGCAGCGCGUCCUCCACGUCGUCGUCGUCGUCCAUCCUCAAGACAAGCGUCCCAGUGCCGCCGCCGCUGCUGCUUCCAUCGCCAUCUUCCCAACUGCCAGUGAGCCCCGACCUCGUGCCCAUCUCCAUGUCGUCGCUUCGGAUCAACCCGUUCAAGACAGACCUGGCGGCAUCCACCUCGUCGGCGAUGCUCACGUCCACAUCCGCCCCAGCCACGGGCGGCCAUCGAUACAUGUCACGAGGGCUCAGUCCCCCUUCCACCCCCCCCUCCUCGACUUUUAUUACCACCCCCACGUUGCCCUUGUCUUCAUCCCCCCCUCAUCCAAUCCCGGCGUCCCCUCUCAUACAUGCAGUGCCGCCAAACGCCGCCGCAGAUCCCAUGGCCCCCACGGCGCGCGGUCGACCUAUGGUCGUUGCCGGCUUGGAACUGACGAUGCAGGUGAGCGACAUGGUGGAGCGCGUGCAAGCCAUUUUAAGUAUCGUGGACGUGAUCAUGCAGCGCUCCCGAGCGGCGGCCGACGCGUGCGGCGGGCUCGUGCAUCAUCCGUCGGGCACAUCGUCCGUGAGCUCAUCGGCGAACUCGUCGCCGGCGUCGUCCGUCGUGGGUCCAGACAACGGCCGAGUGGCCACUCGCCAUCAUCUCGUUCCGUCGUGCCCUGAGCAUGCGCUCAUGCUGGUGAUGAAGGCACUGCGUAUGCUGCACAUGGUCGCAGAUGGGCAAAUAUCCGCCAACAACCAAGGCCGGAUCAAGGCGGUGCUCAUUCAGUGCAUUGACAAGGCGGAACAAUGCACAUCCGAUGAACGGUCGGGCGUCGAGGGCGGCGGCGGGAAGGCUAGUACUACUACUAGUACUACUAGUUUGUCGUUUGACGAGAUUUUAUACGCCCAAGUGGUGCGCCUCGGUCGAGAAGCCGCCGUCCACGAAGUUCUGGGCCAAAAAGGGCUAGCUGGGGACCUCUACGGUCGCGCGCUGUUGCUCCUCGAGAGCGUUUUGAUUGCAUCUGCCUCGACGCUCCAUCCCGACGACCGACUCCGCCUCGUGCAGUUCUGGCAUGCGUUUCGCCAACGGCUGGGGCAGUGCCGCGACGACGACGUGGCAGUGUGCCCCUCUGAUACAAACGACCAGUCGACUUAAUUUUAAUAUUUUAUCCCCA